AUGUGUCGAUACACAAAUAGUUCCUGUUUGUCACCAACCGUCGGUGCAGUCCCAGAAUUGUUUUCUUCCGCCCUGCAGUUUUUUGCUGCAGCGCAGUGUUUGUUAACAGAAGACUGGCCUCCAGACACCAUUGUAUCUGAUAAAUCGAGAUUUGAUUUCAUAAUAAUAGGGGCUGGAACCUGUGGAUCUAUUGUAGCCAAUCGAUUAAGCGAGAUAAAAAACUGGAAUAUUUUAUUAUUAGAAGCUGGUGGCUUACCUCCCGUGGAAAGUAAUAUCAUAGCACUAGAUCAACAACUUAUUGGGUCAAAAUACGAUUGGAAUUAUAUAACUGAGAAUGAUAGAAGAUCAAGCCAAGGUUUCGUUAAUGGUACGGUGAUUUGGCCAAGAGGAAAAAUGCUUGGUGGCAGCGGUGGUAUCAACGGAAUGAUUUACUUUAAAGGAAACGAUUUUGAUUUCCAACGAUGGUACGACGCCGGGAACAAAGAAUGGCAUCCAAAAAUAGUGAGAUAUUUUUAUAAGAAGCUCGAAAGUUUACAAGAUGCUUCCCAGUUGCGGAAUCCAUUUAUUAGGAGAAACUAUGGCCUCAAUGGUAACCUUAUCAUAAAUAGUCUGAACAGUUCAAACGAGCAUUUAAUAGAAAGCGUCAUAAAUUCCUUUGACGAAAUCAGCUUCCGACGAAAUUGCGAUAUAAGUGCUCUAAAUGCGUUCGGGUCAGGAAAAUUUAAAAUUAACGGAAGUAAUGGUAGACGAGUAAGCACAGCUAAAGCGUAUUUAAACACGAUAAAGAAACGAAAGAAUUUAAAAAUAGUAACAAAUGCUUUUGUUACUAAAAUCUUAAUAGAUUCUGUGACUAAAACUACUGAAGGAGUAGAAGUAGAAGUACAAGGACAAAAGAAGACAUUUUACGCAAAUUUAGAAGUGAUUUUGAGUGCAGGAACAAUUAAUACUCCUCAAAUAUUGAUGAUAUCAGGAAUAGGUCCCGAAGAUCAACUGAGUUCAAAAGGAAUUUCAUGCAAAGUAGAUUCUCCGAUGGUUGGGAAGAAUCUUCAGGAUCACGCUAUUGUACCGGUUACAGUUUAUGGUGAUAAGCCAAAAAAAAAGAAGAGUGAAGCUGAACGUAAUUUUGAUAUAAUUAGAUAUCUAUACAACCGCAGUGGCCCUUUAGCAUACAUUAGCUCUCCAGGCAUUGCUGCUUUGUAUACCGAUGACCCCAAUUUACCAUAUCCUAAAUUCCAAUCUUUUCUUAUCUUAUAUGAAAAAAAUACAUCCUCGGUUCGCGAAGCCUUUGAAAAACGCGGUUAUAAGCAAUCCGUCGUGAAUUCUAUUUCAAAGCUAAAUACUAACCACGCUCUGUAUCAUUUCGCGAUAACACUUUUGCAUCCACAUUCCAAAGGUUACAUUCGGUUACGUUCUAAUAAUCCUAAAGAUCCUCCCCUAAUUUACACCAACUAUUUUAGCGAUCCAAGAGAUCUAAGAUCAUGCGUACGCGGUGUCAAAAUGCUAACGAAAAUCACAAGAACAACAUAUUUUAAAUCUAUAAAUGGGUUUCUCGGUCGUAUUAAUUUGGAGCCGUGUAAUGAUUAUGAAUUGGACAGUGCUGAAUAUUGGAAAUGUAUAUGUUUGAAUCUGGUAACGACUGUAUACCAUCCGGUUGGUACUUGUAAAAUGGGCGUAGAACCAAAGACUUCAGUUGUGAGUAGUCGUUUGAAAGUCUACGGUGUUGCUAAGCUUCGAAUUAUCGACGCUAGUGUAAUGCCGAAUGAAAUUAGCGGAAAUACAAACGCUGCUUGUGCUAUGAUCGGAGAAAGAGGAGCUGCAAUCGUAAAGGAAGAUUACUCAAAGGAAAAGCAGUACUCAAUAUAA